AUGCCCAUGAGUGCUCGCAUGCGCACUGCUGCCGCUGCUGCUGCAUGGGGACUAGUGCCGUGUGGAAGAAAGAGAGGGAUGGACAGUGCUCCUGCACCUGCCCCUGCCCCUGCCCCCGCUGCUGCUGCAGCUACUGCAGCUGGGGAGAGCAGCGGCGACGACGGUGGUGCUGCUGCUGCUCCUGCGGGGGGUGUAAAAGCUCUAAUUGCUGCUGCCGCUGCUGCUGCUGCUCCUCGGGGGGGAGUAAAAGCUCUCAUUGCUGCUGCUAGUGCUGCUGAAGGGGGGGUGAAACCUCUCAUUGCCGCUGCUGCUGCAGCAGCAGAAGUCGACUCUCGGAUUGCCGCUGCUGCUGAAAGCGGAGUUGGCUCUCUCACUGCUGCUGCUGCAGCAGGGGGCGUUAGUCCUCUCAUUGCUGCUGCGCCUGUAUCUCGCUGCCUGGUCCCCCCUCCACUCCCCUUCUCCACCUCCUCCCCUUCCUCCUCACUCUCCUCCUCACUCCCCCACUCCUCCCCUCCCUCCUCUCCCUCCCCCCCCCCUCCUCCUCUCCCCGCGUCUCACACUCCCUCUCCUCCUCUCCCCCCGCUCCCCGCUCAUCCGUCCCCCCACGCGCCUGGCAAUUCAAAGAAGGGCGAGAAUCAGCGCUGGAAUAAGGGAGAGGAAGAGGAGGAUAAGAAGGGCGCUCGUCCCUCCCUUCCCCCCUCACCUCCCCUCUCUCACGCUCCUCCUCCUGCCCCCAUCUUUCCCUUCCCCGCUCUCCUCGCUUCCCCCCCCAUGCCUCUUCCCCCCAUGCCUCUCUCCCCCAUUGCCCCACACCGGGGCCCUGGAACCCCUUUCCCCCCUGCGCCUCCCGCCGUCCUUCCCCCCCCUGCUCCCCCUGCCCUUGCCUUCCACCUCCCCCCUGCUCUUCCGCCCCUCUCCUCUCUCUCAUUACAUCCUCGCGGAAAUUUCCCCCAUGCGUCCAACCUUCCCCUCUCCGUUCCCCCCCUCCCCCUGGUCUCUUCCCCCGAAUCCGCGCCUCGAUUUGUUGCCCAAGCCGUUUCUGCAAGCUCUCUGUGGGAACAGUAA